AUGCUGGAUCUGCACAACAAAUAUGGUCCAGUAGUCCGCAUUGGUCCAACCGAUCUAUCUUUCAAUACUCCACAGGCUUUCCAGGACAUCUAUGGAAGUCGUCCAGGCAAAGGGCUUUUCUCUAAAGAUCCCAAGAUUUGGGCCUCCAAGUUAAAUGCUCUUCGCGACAGUAUCGUCGGGCAGGUAGAUCAUGAUGCCCAUGCAAGACACCGUCGCCUGUUGUCACAUGCGUUCUCAGAUCGAUAUCUACGUGAACAGGAAGGCAUUGUUCUUUCAUUUGUGGAUUUGCUCAUCUCACGACUGCGAGAACGGAUAAGUGAAGAUGGUCUUUCUAAGGAAGACAUCAAGAAUUGGAUGAAUUUUGUCACGUUUGACAUCACUGGCGAUUUAAUGUUUGCUGAAACAUUCGACUGCUUAAAGAAUAGCCAGCUGCAUCCUUGGAUCUCGUUCCUGUUUACAACAAUCAAAGGAGCCUUGUUUCUUUCCGUGAUGAAUCGAUUCGCCCUUUUUUCGAGGAUGAAUCAACUGCUUCUCCCAGAAUAUCUCAGAGAGCAGAUGAUGAAAAACACGAGCCUCAGUAGAGAGAAAGCCGAUCGGCGACUUAAGAAGGAAACCAGCCGCCCCGAUUUCAUGGCUGCAUUACUGAAGCACGGCCUGGGUGAUGAGAAGGGUCAAUUCACAGAAAAUCAGUCAAUUAUGAGCCUCACUGAGAUACAUGCUAACUCUAUGCUAAUCACCUUGGCCGGAAGUGAAACCUCCGCUUCACUUCUCUCCGGCUGCAUUUUCCUGCUUUGCAAAAAUGCCACUGCUAUGGCCGAUCUACGCAGUGAGGUACGUACAGCCUUCUCGGAAGACAAGGAGAUUACGCCACGCCAAUGCGCCCGCCUAAAAUAUCUCAACGCCGUGAUUGAGGAAUCUCUUCGGGUGUACCCUCCACUUGUCACAAGUUUACUACGAAUUGCGCCUACGGGUGGCGAAUUCGUGGACGGGCACUUCGUCCCAGAACAUGCCAAUGUAUCGACACACCACUACGCAUCUUAUCACUCCCCAGCCAACUUUGCACUUCCAGAUGAAUUUAUUCCCGAACGCUGGUUGGGAGUUGAUGGGAGUUUUCGCGCGAUUGCAGAUCACAAGAAAUUCCGCCUGGGUAUCACCGAAAUCAUUUGGGAUGAUGCUCGACUUUCCAGGGGCCCUCGCAAACACAACGGUUUCCCCGGUGGAGAAUCAGAUAUUAGUGAUGAAGAGACUGAAGAGUCUUUUCUAGCUAAACAUCGUGCGGGACAAGAUUGGGCUCCAGACUGGAGAGUAGAAUGGAAUUUCCACGACUCUGAUUCCGAAUCUGAUGAUGAUGACAAUGAGAAUGAUGAUGAGGAUACGGACGAUGAUGACGACGAUCUGGAUGUUGUGCGGAAAAGCGAGAAUUUCAGGAAACAGAAUUGUCCUUUGUGGUUUAAAGCAGCAUGUCUUGAGAGUUUGGACGACCACUUUUGGCGACAGGGCCCCCGUGAUUUCGUGGACUAUGGGGACCCAUGCGUGAAGUCAUAUAAAGACCUGAGUCGCCUUGGACUUCCACUAGGCAAGUGUUGGGAUUUUUAUCGAAAGUUGGUUCGACAGCAAGACGACGUUCUUACUGGAAAAUACGAUGAAGAGGCAUUCCUCUACGGCCUCGAGAGAUUUCCUGCUCUGAAGAAAGUGACUGUUACUCCUGCAGCCCAUGGGGUUCUUUUUCGACCACUUUACCAGACCCCAAUGAUUCGACAAUUCCCACCCGGGUUUUAUUAUCCCGUUCCUCGUGGAUGGCCACUCCCAUGCCGUGAGCAACCAGAGGAAGUGUAUUGCCACCCAUGGCAAAGCCUCAGUGAAAAAUACAAAGAGAAAUACCACGGGUUUCGCAUUGUGACACGCACGCUUGCUCAUCAAAAGCACAGUGUAACCGAUCUAAAUCUGGAUGCGUGUGAGCUUCGCACAGGAAUCAAUUGUAUGAUCUUUGAUGAUCCCUGCGAGGAGUAUGAUAACUUAAGUACGAUACUUAAGCGCCCAGGUUUCCGCCAACUUAAGCUUGCUCUUGCUAUUAGGGGAAUCGAGGAGCCUGGACAGAACUGGCGAUCCUUGAGUAACGAAAGGCUUCACCAAGCUCUGGGUGAAGCAUCCAGCCUGGAGAAGAUCAGUCUCUGCACAGCGGGAAUAGUUUCUUAUGGAGAGGCUAAAGAGGCACCAGAUUAUGCCCCAGUUGUUCCCUUAGAAAGCAUAUUUCCUUUCGACAAAUGGCCCAAACUCCGUCACUUCGAACUGUCCCGUUUCUUUGUCAAACAGUCCGAUAUCUUAUCAUGCCUAUCAAGACUACCGGACACACUCGAGUCAGUGAAGCUCAGCUUUUUGGUUUUUGUUGACAACGGCAAAAACGGCGAUGACUGGCAUCCUUUCCUCACUGAGAUGCGUAAGCAAAUUCGUGAGAAGGUUCUCUGGCCUGGCCGACAGCCAAAUGUUACUAUCGGCUGUAUGAGAAGUGAACGCAUUCCAGGACGCGCCCGGUGGCUCGGUAAGGAGAUAAAUGCUUUUCUGUAUGGAGAGGGAGAAAAUCCAUUUCUUGAGCCUCCUAAAGGUCUUUCCAGGAUGGGUUUUGGUCAGGAUCAAGAUUCACUCGAUCCUAAUGAUAAAUGCGAGAGACUGUGA